AUAAAGAAAUUAAAUACUUUUUACAAACCAAUAUUUUAUUGUCACUCUCAAUCUCACUCACUACCCACAGUUUUGAUUUGUGUAAACAGAGAAAAAAAAAGAAGAAGAAACAGAACAACAAUGGCGGACAAACCAAGCCGAGCUCUUGUACUCUACGGAGAUGGCUUCGCUCCUCUCAUCCACUCAUCACAUACCCAUCUCCAUUCUCUUGCCUCCAUAGCUUCAUGUGGCUUCUUAAGCCUCCCUAAUGCUCCUUCUUCAGAAAACCAGGAUGACAGAAUAGUUAGGGAAUUUGGAAUAUUGGUUGAUGCAUCAUAUGAAGCUCAUCUCAAUUUGAAUGAAGAUAUUAGCCAGCCCUUGAUUCCAACCAUAUCAGAAAGGUUCAUGGGAAUGAAAGCUGCCUUAAUCACUAGCAAUUCUAGUUUGGAAUCUUUCGGUUCCAAACUCGGUUUCACAGUGUUGCAAUUGAAGGACUUUAGUAACAAAAACAACAAUCACUCUAAACUGCUCGAAUUGCUUGGAUUUCAAGAAGGAAAGACGGUUGAUAUGAGCGAAUUCGAUUUAGUUUUCUUGCAUAUCGGUGCUGGUGACAACAAGGACAAGGCAGCUUCCUAUGAUUUGGAGUUCAUCAAUUCCUUGGUCGGAGGCAUAAUGAAUGUAGCUCAACUUGGAUCCGAAAUUGGUUCCCGGCUCCAUUUUUCCGUUGUGUUGAGCUAUGGUAGUGUUUCAGAUGUUGAUGAUUCUUCAAAUCUCUCAAUUUCGGUUAAGAAAGACGAGGAAAAAUCUGAUCUUUCAGUGCUAUUUCCUCGUCAAAGUUACACCAUGAAAGGCGAAAAUCAACGAAAGAAUGUUAGACACCAUUCUCCUAUGCUUAUGGCUCAAUGGCAAUAUGCUGUGACUCGCAAAGAUAUGGCAAAGACAUUUUCCUUUAAAGAUUUCAAAGAGAACGGCGGAAAUCUGGUAAUACCGGCGGAUAGGUUUGUGCAUGAGGUAGCCUUCAAGCUGUGGAAAGCUCCCAAGUAUGGAGCAUAAUAAUAAGUCUUGUAAUUAAGGCAAUAAUGAAGCCAAGAAAGCUAACUCUCAUCUCAUCAUGUCACAUAUGGGAGUUAAUGUUAUUCAAAGUGAUUUUCAAUCUUGUUUUCUUUUGGCCAAAUCAAACAUUAGUAAUGCUCAAUAUAAUAAAAGUAUUCCUUUAUCUUAA